AUGUGGACAAAGCGCAUUGCUGGUAUGCCAACGAUAAUGGAGGAACACGGCAAUAAUAUCUUGGCAUUCAAUGACAACGUUCGAUCCAUCCAAAAGCAACUACUGGUGCAUACCAGGGGAGAAAAUCCAAGCUUCCUGAUCCCACAACUGGUCUCGGUCUACAUGGAUAGCGAAUCGGAAGAUAGUCCUUUCUACCGUUACAUUGAGCAAUUGGAGAAUAGCUACCUGUACAACGAUGGAGCUGAUCUCACCACGGUCAAGGCCGAUCAGAAGUACAAAGACUUGCUUGAGAAGGAUCAGAUCAAAGGGAAUACCAAGAAAGACAUCGCUAUCGUUGCACUGACUACAAAAGGCGGAAGAACUCAAGGAGACGCGCGAGGAGCUCAAGGAUGGUGGAGCGACGAAUCCUAG